GUGAAUAAUUAUUAUUAUUCCUUUAUUGUUGAGUGUAUUGUAGUAAUGGUGAAAAGAAGUGGUAACAUGUGAUUUCCAGUUAGCUCCAAUAUUCUUCCGCUGGUAUCAUCAAAUACGAUAGUAUCUUCUUUCACGAUGCCAUCAUCUGUUGAAAUGGGAAAAAUUCUUUCUGGGACUCAAAUUGCCAGACAAAUAAGAGAACAGCUCCGCAAUGAUGUAAAUGCAUUGAGAAAAAGCGUCCCGAAUUUCCAACCUAGAUUGGUCAUUGUGCAGGUUGGAGGACGGGAAGAUUCCAAUGUUUACAUUCGCAUGAAACUCCAAGCUGCUAAAGAAAUAGGGAUCGAGGCAGAUCAUGUGAAACUUCCGCGUACAACAACGGAAGUUGAGCUAUUGAACACCUUGGAGUCACUGAACAAUGAUCCUAAAACUCAUGGAAUAAUAGUGCAGAUGCCUCUGGAUUCGGAAAAACCAAUAAACUCCCGUUUAGUCACUGAUUCCGUAACACCCGAAAAGGAUGUGGAUGGGUUGAAUACUGUCAACGAAGGCAGACUGGCCAUUGGUGAUCUUAAUGGAUUCCUUCCUUGCACUGCCUACGGGGUCAUUGAACUAGCAAGAAGAGCAAACGUCAACUUCGUGGGGGCAGAAGCAGUUGUACUGGGCAGAAGUAAGAUUGUGGGAACACCCACUGCUGAGCUCUUGAAAUGGAACCACGCGACAGUGACAACCUGUCAUUCAAAAACCAAAGAUCUGCCAGGUCAAUGCCGAAAAGCAGAUAUUCUGGUUGUAGCUAUAGGUCAGCCAGAGUUAGUGAAGGCAAAUUGGAUAAAGCCAGGUGCUGUUGUCAUAGAUUGUGGAAUAAACGCCAUCAAAGAUCCUACAACAAAAUCUGGACAACGAUUGGUCGGAGAUGUUGCUUACGAAGAAGCCAGCCAAGUAGCCUCCUAUAUUACCCCAGUACCAGGUGGUGUGGGGCCAAUGACAGUCGCCAUGUUGAUGCAAAAUACCGUCCAGAGUGCUAAAAAAGCUGCAGAAGCUUUGAUUAACAGGCAGUGGAAUUUAUCUGUUCUGCCAUUGAAAUUGCUAUCUCCAGUUCCAAGCGAUAUCCAAAUAGCCCGUUCACAAACUCCGAAGAACAUAGACCAGUUAGCAGAAGAAAUCGGUCUCCUUCCAUCAGAAAUCUCUCAGUAUGGAUCGAAAAAGGCAAAAGUUUCCUUGUCAGUGCUGAAACGACUUGAUGAUCAGAAGAAUGGAAAAUAUGUAGUUGUAACUGGAAUGACACCGACACCAUUAGGUGAAGGCAAAAGUACCACAUUAUUGGGACUGGUACAAGCGCUAUCAACUCACUUGAAAAAGAACACAUUCGGUACUAUGAGACAACCAUCACAAGGACCAACAUUUGGAAUAAAAGGGGGUGCUGCUGGAGGUGGAUACUCUCAAGUUAUUCCCAUGGAAGACGUGAAUCUUCAUUUGACAGGCGACAUCCAUGCCGUCACUGCAGCCAACAACCUCCUCUCUGCACAAUUAGAUGCCAGAAUUUUUCACGAAGCCACUCAGAAAGAUCAAGCCCUCUACGAUCGCUUGGUGCCGAAAAUUAAAGGUACCAGAAAGUUCUCCAAUAUCCAGCUGAGGCGUCUCCAAAGACUGGGGAUCACCAAAACAGAUCCAGAUAGUUUGACCGAGGAAGAACGUUCCAGAUUCGCCAGGUUGGAUAUCGACAGCAACAACAUCGUUUGGAACAGAGUUAUGGACAUCAAUGAUCGUUACCUUCGUGAGAUCACCAUCGGUGAAUCCCCAACUGAAAAAGGUCUCAGUAGGAAAGAAGGGUUUGCAAUCAGUGUCGCCAGUGAAAUCAUGGCGAUCCUUGCUCUGGCAAACGACAUGAGGGAUUUCAAAGAUCGUCUUUCCAGGAUGGUGGUUGCUUUCAGUAAAACUGGCAAACCCAUAACUGCCGACGAUAUUGGCGUUACUGGAGCAUUAAUGGUGCUUCUCAAGGACACUAUCGAACCCACCCUGUUGCAGACUCUGGAAGGCUCUCCGAUAUUCAUGCAUGCUGGACCGUUCGCGAAUAUAGCUCACGGAUCGAACUCUAUCAUUGCGGAUAAGAUUGCUCUGAAAUUAGUUGGCGAAGAUGGAUUUGUCCUGACUGAAGCUGGAUUUUCUUCUGAUAUUGGUAUGGAAAAAUUCUUCAACAUCAAAUGCAGAGCCUCAGGUAAUAUCCCCAAUGCUGUUGUCCUCGUGUCAACAGUCAGAGCUUUAAAAAUGCAUGGAGGUGGACCAGCUGUCACUCCUGGUGCUCCACUAGCUGCAGCAUACACCCAAGAAAAUCUUGAUCUACUUAGGAAAGGCAUUCCCAAUGUACUCAAACAUAUCAGCAAUGCGGUCAAGUUCGGUGUACCUGUUGUUGUUGCCAUCAAUCAUCGCGAGACAGAUUCAGAAGCAGAACUCAACCUUCUUCGAUCCGCUUGCAAAGGAGCAGGAGCUUUUGAUGCUGUGAUCUCUAGGCACUGGUCUCACGGUGGAACAGGUGCUAUCGAAUUGGCCAAGGCUGUUGUUACUGCAGCUGAACAGCCCAGUAAGUUCAGAUUCCUUUAUGAUCUGGAUAUGACGAUCGAACAGAAGAUUGAAAUCAUCAGCAAGGAAAUGUAUGGUGCUGGCGAUAUCAAAUAUUCGGAAGUGGCCAAGAAGAAAUUGAAGCAGUAUGAAGAACAGGGAUUUGGAAACUUGACUAUUUGCAUGGCGAAAACUCCAUUGUCGUUGACCGCAGAUCCUUCAAUAAAAGGAGCUCCGUCUGGUUUUACUCUACCCAUAAACGAUAUGUCCAUAUCCGUUGGUGCUGAAUUCAUCAUUCCAGUUACAGGAGCGGGAAUUUAUAUCGCAGACUGGAACCUUUGGCACGGUAUUACACUACAUAGUGUUCUACCACUAACCAAACCGAAUAUUUUACGCCUCGACACGUGUUUCGCUAACUAUGUUAGCAUCUUCAGAACAAGAUUAGAAAUGAGUUUCAAUCUUCAUACGUGUCUAGGCAUUACCAAAAUGCCAGGAUUACCUACAAGACCAGCCAUCUAUGACAUAGAUUUGAAUAUUGAAACUGGAGAAAUCGAAGGUCUAUUCUAGAUUGGUCUGAAAAUUUGUUUUAUUGAAUUUUUACUGUUGUGAAUCUAUUUUUGAAAAUAUAUAAGAGUUUUAUUCACCUUUUUGAGUAGAUAAAAUUGAAUUAUUUCUCAUCUAUGUCGGAAGUGCGGUCAUCAGAAGUACAUUAACUAAAUUAAUAAUUAAAUUCCUACCACUCGAGUUCUUGAACGCAGGCUUAGCCAAUAGAGAUCGUACAACUAGACUCAAGGAAUUCUGUCACUGAGUUCUAUUCAAUAUACAGGGUGAGUCAUUGAAAUGGGAAAGUGAGAUAACGGCGAAGCCGACAUCUCACUUUCCCAUUUCCAUGACUCACCCCGUAUACACUUGUUGUUGAACUUUCAGCAAACUUAUGACUGGAAUUAGGUAAUUCAAUGGUUCAAUUCAACUCAACAAGUCCUAGAGUCGAUUAUUAUAGGCAAGUUCACUCUCAAAUGACAAGUGAAGUCAUUCAACAAUGGUAGAAUAAGGACCUUCUAGGUGAGACUGAUCACCAACAUGAACAUACAUAAAACAUUUCUUCCAAUUAAAUACUAUAACAUUGACUGAUAUAACUCUAGAUAUUUCUGUUUCAAUAAAUUGGAUUUCGAAAGCAAUUAUCACCACAAAGACCUUUCUGAAUAAUUUUUACCGAAUAUAGAUCACUGGUAUUUCAAUUUUCUGUUUCGUGAAUUCAAUCUCCAUCUUGAACCAUAUACCCAGUAAACAUACAACACGUUUCUGAAACAACAACAAAAGUUCCCUAAUACGUGUCAUCUGAAACAUUCCAAUGUUAAUGUUAAUUGGGUGGUUCAAGAUUCAGAAUUCUGAUCAAAAGUUGAGAUAGGGACAUAUAGUAUGUGAGCCGUAUCGACCGAUAAUAAAUAAUUUCGACAAAAACAAAUUCUAAAGUGGAAAAAUCUCGAUUUUGAACACCCUAUAUCUCUGUAAUCAUUCCUGAUAGACCCCAAGUGUCAUGUAUCAAUGAAAUCAGCUCUUCGGAGAGAAUAUAAAAAUGCAAUGAAACACAGGGUAUUCUAUAUGAAAUAACAAAGUUGUUGCUACUUUUUGAUUGAAGCGGCAACACUGCAUGUAUAUUUUCAUGGGUUGCUUCCGACUGAUUCUUGAUAUAGAGAAAGUGUAAAUUUGUCGUGUCAUACCCUGUAUAGGAAUGUUUCCUAUUUCUCAGAGUUAGUUUCGAAAACGUUUCAGAAAAACAAAAUGAUUUACUAGUUAGGUAUAAGCAACACAAAUUAAUAAAAGCAUCCGUAAAUAGGACUAUAAAUAUGUGUAAUAUGAAUAAAAUGAAAUAAAUCCAAUCAUCGUUUU